AUGUGGGGGAUCGUCGGACAAAGAGUUUUCCGCCAUGGCUCCUCCGCUAUGUCACUGCAGGGGACUCGCCCUGCGUUUCUCGCGUCAAGGAGUUUCUCCUCCGCAGCUAAAGAGAUGACUGUAAGGGAUGCUCUCAAUUCUGCCAUUGAUGAAGAAAUGUCUGCGGAUCCUAAAGUCUUUUUGAUGGGAGAGGAGGUUGGAGAAUAUCAAGGUGCAUACAAGAUCACCAAAGGCCUCUUGGAGAAGUAUGGUCCUGACAGAGUUCUUGAUACUCCAAUCACCGAGGCUGGCUUUACUGGUAUUGGAGUUGGCGCAGCUUAUCAUGGGCUUAAGCCCAUUAUAGAGUUCAUGACAUUCAACUUCUCCAUGCAGGCUAUAGAUCAUAUCAUCAAUUCUGCUGCAAAAUCAAACUACAUGUCUGCUGGGCAGAUUUCUGUCCCUAUAGUCUUCAGGGGCCCAAAUGGUGCUGCUGCUGGAGUGGGGGCUCAGCAUUCACAGUGUUAUGCAUCAUGGUUUGCUUCCUGUCCUGGCCUGAAAGUCCUUGCUCCAUAUUCAUCAGAAGAUGCCCGUGGCCUUAUGAAGGCUGCUAUUAGAGAUCCAGAUCCAGUUGUCUUCCUUGAGAAUGAGCUUUUGUACGGUGAGUCGUUUCCAGUCUCAGCUGAAGUUCUUGAUUCCAGUUUCAGUCUUCCCAUAGGCAAAGCUAAGAUUGAAAGGGAAGGCAAGGAUGUAACUAUUACUGCUUUCUCAAAGAUGGUCGGUUAUGCUCUCAAGGCUGCUGAAAUUCUUUCUAAAGAAGGGAUAAGCGCAGAGGUUAUUAAUCUGCGAUCUAUCCGUCCCCUUGAUAGAGCCACGAUCAACAGCUCCGUCAGGAAAACUAACAGACUGGUUACUGUUGAAGAAGGCUUUCCUCAACAUGGAAUUGGUGCUGAAAUCUGUGCGUCAGUAGUUGAGGAUAGCUUUGAGUAUCUUGAUGCGGCCAUUGAGAGGAUUGCCGGAGCUGAUGUUCCCAUGCCAUACGCUGCAAACCUAGAGAGAUUGGCUGUCCCACAGGUUGAAGAUAUUGUCCGUGCUGCCAAGAGGACUUGCUAUCGAUCAUCCUCAUUGGCCGCAACAGCAUAG